CCAAGAACGCUCUUGGCACAGCCCGGGGAUUUCCCCCGCCGCAGCCCACCCCCUGACGUCACGGAGUCCCCGCUAGGCCCCGCCCCGUGCCGACGGCGCCAGCCUCCGCGGGAGGCGCGCCCUGCCGAGGCGGGAGAGCCGCCAUGGCGAGGCCCGGCGUCCCCCGCGCCCCCGCGGCCGGCUGGAAACGCCACAUCGUGCGGCAGCUGCGGCAGCGGGACCGCAUGCAGAAGGCGCUCUUCCUGGAGCUGGUGCCGGCCUAUAAUCAUCUCCUAGAGCAGGCUGAGCUGCUGGACAAGUUCUCAAAGAAGCUGCAGACAGAGCCGAAGGAUGUCACCCUUGCCACCCACCAGGGCCCCUGGGAGGAGGACUCAGGGCCUGACUCAAACCAAUUCCCAUCGCUGGCUACUCUGAGGGUGAAGUGGAAUGAGGAGGAGGAGGGGCUGCGGUUGGUCUGUGGUGAGAUGGCCUACCAGGUGGUGGAGAAGAGCGCGGCGCUGGGCGCCCUGGAGUCGCAGCUGGAGGAGCAGCAAAGCAGGCUGGCGGCCCUGGAUUCCCGCGUGGGGGAGCUGCAGGAGGCUCGGGAGCAGCGGGCCGCGCAGGUGCGGGAGCAGCGCGCGCAGAACGCGGCGCAGCGGGCGGCCUACGAGGCGUUGCGCGCGCGCGCCGGGCUCCAGGAGGCGGCCCUGCGCCGGCGGCAGGAGGAGGCGCGCGACCUGCUGGAGCGGCUCGUGCAGCGCAAGGCGCGCGCCGCGGCUGAGCGCAAUCUGCGCAAUGAGCGACGCGAGCGGGCCAAGCAGGCGCAGGUGUCUCAGGAGCUGAAGAAAGCUGCCAAGCGGACUGUGAGCAUCUGCGAGAGCCCAAACACCAUCCAGGGCGAUGGGUUCAGGGAGAGGCCCGAGACUCUGGCCCUGGCAGCUGAGCCAGAGUCCCUGGAGAAUGAAGCUUGUGAGAAGUGGAAGAGACCCUUCAGGUCAGCCUCAGCCACCUCCCUGACGCUGUCCCACUGUGUAGAUGUGGUAAAGGGGUUUCUGGAUUUCAAGAAGAGGCGAGGUCACUCGAUCGGGGGAGCCCCUGAGCAGCGAUACCAGAGCAUCCCUGUGUGCGUGGCCGCCCGACUUCCUACCUGGGCUCAGGAUGUGCUGGAUGCCCACCUCUCUGAGGUCAAUGCUGUUUGCUUUGGCCCUGACAGCAGCCUCCUGGCCACUGGGGGCGCUGACUGCCUUAUCCACCUCUGGAAUGUUGUGGGAGGGCGCCUGGAGGCCAACCAGACCCUUAAGGGAGCUGGCGGCAGCAUCACCAGUGUGGACUUUGACCCCUCGGGCUCCCAGGUCUUAGCGGCCACUUACAACCAGGCCGCCCAGCUCUGGAAGGUGGGAGAGGCACAGUCCAAGGAGACACUGUCUGGACACAAGGACAAGGUGACAGCUGCCAAAUUCAAGCUAACGAGGCACCAGGCAGUGACUGGGAGCCGAGACAGGACAGUGAAGGAGUGGGACCUUGACCGCGCCUACUGCUCCAGGACCAUCAAUGUCCUUUCUUACUGUAACGACGUGGUGUGUGGGAACCAUAUCAUCAUUAGUGGCCACAAUGACCAGAAGAUCCGGUUCUGGGACAGCAGGGGGCCUCGCUGCAUCCAAGUCAUCCCUGUGCAGGGCCGGGUCACCUCCCUGAGUCUCAGCCACGACCAGUUGCAUCUGCUCAGCUGCUCCCGCGACAACACACUCAAGGUCAUCGACCUGCGUGUCAGCAACAUUCGCCAGGUGUUCAGGGCCGAUGGCUUCAAGUGCAGUUCUGACUGGACCAAAGCCGUGUUCAGCCCAGACCGAAGCUACGCACUGGCAGGCUCCGGGGACGGAGCCCUCUACAUCUGGAAUGCAGAUACCGGGAAGCUGGAGGGCAGCCUUCAAGGGCCCCACUGCACUGCUGUCAACGCCGUGGCCUGGUGCUACUCUGGGAGCCAUGUGGCGAGCGUGGACCAGGGCAGGAAGAUUGCACUCUGGCACUAGGGCCACGACCCUGCUGCCUGGGCUGGGGCUCGGUCUGAAGCUUGAAGCUGGAGAACAAGCUUCCCUCCACUCCACAGGACUCCAGAGCAGUGGGGACGGGGGUGGGAGUGGAGUUGGCCUUGGGAUUUAAUGAGGAGAAGGCCUGGCAGGACCUGGCCCGUUUGUCUGAAAACAGAGUGUGGAUUGGGGUGAUUAUAGUAGUUUUUGCUUUUUAUCUCCAUCUCCUCACUUUCUCUCCCCCCAAAGUAGAAAAGAAAUUGUAUCAAAACUG